AAUACAACUCCUCCAUCUCCUCUCUCAUUACCUCUCCCAUCCUCGCCCGCCAGUCAAUCCUCUCUGCCGUGGCCGAAUUCGCUCCCGAACCCGCCGACCCUGUCUCUUCCUCAUCUCCUAUUCCCGGCCAUGAUCACUACAUUGAAGGUGACUUCUUUGGCACCCGCGAGCGUGAGAUCCUCGCCCUCGAUCCCGGCAAUGGCUCCAUUCUCGACCAUCACAGCAGUAGCAGCAUCACUCAUUCUCCGCACCACUCUGACCCAGCCGAAGCAAUGGACGUCGACUCUGGCCUCCUCGACGAACUCGAGACCUCGGUCCACUAUGACGAUAACAAAUCUGUCAACUUCCCUGCCGACAGAAGAUCAAAUAACAAUUCGUCUCCCUUCCGCUCCGAGCAUCUUCCUUCUUCCCCCGCUCAGCCACCUUCUCACCACUCUUCCUUUUUGGAUUCAAACAUGCAGCCUCCCGUCAAGACAAACAGAUCUUUGCAGAGUCUCUUUAGCGAAAGCUCACUCUCAUCCUCUCAGCAUGACGCCUCCUUCUACUCUGCAAACGACAAGCAGAGCCCGGCGGAUCCACGUACCACCCCAAACACCAGAUCUAGCGCCGCCCCUACCUCCAGUGCUCAUCGCUCUGGUCUCCAUCCUCAAUCUUCACCAAACACCUUCACGCCUAUGCAUAUCAAUCCUCUCGCCCAAAGCACCCCUUUCAAUCAGCCUGCUCCUCGCUCUACUCCAAUCAGCGCGAGCAGCGCUCGUCGCGAGCCAUACUCUCCUGCCGUCGCCUCUUCCCCUCGUGGCAUUUUGCGCUCUCCUGCUACCCACAAUUUGAGCCAGACCCCUACAACUCCUAAGCCCUCCACCACCGCUUCUUCAGCUACCGUCCCGGCCACUACCACUGCUGUGCACCAAUCCACCACCGUCACCACCGUGCCGCUCAAAAACUCGCCUGCUUCACCUCAGGUCACUUUCGCUUCUCUUCCGGCAAAGGCACCGUUGACCACCAAGAAAUCUCUUGGAAAACGUGUGUCGGAUCUCAGCAGUGCAAAGUCAUCAAUGACCCACAAGUCUUCGGAUUUCAGUGACGAGCAGCAGAUUUCAAAUCACAGAUCCGAGUCGUCUCGUUCUUCACCGCAAAGUGCGCCUAAUCAGUCUACUCCUGUUGCUGUUUCCUCUGCCGCUGCCGCCGACGAGACUCAAAAGACGGUAGUCAAGCCUAGCGCUACUUCUCAGCAGUCGGGGAUGACGCCGGCACGUAUGCUCUACAACAAUCUGCAGAGUCAUAGCGACGAUACUCGCGACGACGAGGAAGAAGACUGGAUUCCUCUGUCAAAGACCACGCCAGCACCUCGAUCCAGAUUCUUGAACACUGCUUUGUAUAAAGAUGCUUCUGAAAAGGUAGCCGGCCGCGACACGCAGCGAGCUGUUGUCGAGGAGGAGAAUGAGGAGGAGCCUCAAGUGCUGGAAAAGGCGGUAGAGACCAAGCAAGCUGCUUCUGCGUCUGACGCUCGUCCUGCUGUCCCUACUACUGAGACCAAGAACGGCACUGAUGAGUCUGAGCGUAACCCUUCGGUGAACACUGCUACGACCACCAAGGAAGUUCCCAGAUACCUCACCAGCACUACCUCCUCCAGACUCAAGUCGUCUCCCACCAAGUCUGUUGUCACCGGCCUGCCUCCUGCUUCUCCUCUGCGUCCACAGAAUGGAGCAACACUCACUGGUCGUGGGUCGCCUCUCCGACCACCGAUGUCUUUCUCAACAAGACCUCAAGGCUCACCCGUUCGCAAUCGAUCGCCUCUGAGAAACACAGUCUCCAGACCUGCAUCCCCUCAGCGAAAAGCGAGUGAUGAAGACAAACAAGCCAAGAAGCCUGAGACCGUAUCGAAACUACCCACCUCGACCGCAGUCUCCCCUCUUCGUCAGCAGCCCUCUAUCCGUCUUCAGAUGUCACCCGCGCGCUCAAACCUCAGUCGAAGUGCGUCGCAGUUGACCAUCAACCAAGCCAGCUCGAUCGCCGUCGCGGCUGCGGCCGCCGUCCAGGUUAACGGUCACUCGCCGAUGACCAGCGCGCUGCGAAAUAUGAAGAGCUCUACUGCUGAUGUCUUUAGGCGUGCCCGGAUGCUUCUAUUUGACAAUGAAGCAAAUAAUAAAUCUGGUGGGAAACAGCAGCAGCAGUCUAGUUCUGGGAAAGAGCUUGUGCAUGUGUCUGGUGCGGGAUCGCUUAGUCCAGCAAAGAAAGUGCAGAAUUCGACAAAAGAAAGCUCCGAGCAGUCGAGUGGGAAGGCAUCCAAGAACAUGUACCCCGAUAUAUCUGCUUUGCUCGUCGAUAACGCAGGGUCACCAGGUCGGCCGGCCAAUAACCAUGGCUACGCUGAAGGUGCCUCGUCUUCGAACCAGGGGUAUAUGUCUGCAUCUAAUCCUGCCAAAGCAUUGUUUCAGGCGCCAAACGCUUUCCGCUCGACGGCUGCUGCUUCCUCAAUCACAUCUACCUCUCAAGCAUCUACGGCUUCAGACGGGACCGCAAGCACUCAACGGACGUCGUUCGACAGCGGUCCUGAAAGUGGAGAUCUGAAGCUGUCGCCCGCACACUCAAAGCCGACCGGCGCUGCUGCAGGAACUGUGGCUGCUGCCGCCGCGGCUAUCAACUCUGCGACGGCAGGAUCAGCCAGCAGUAGUAGCAGUCUUGGACUGAGGGACAACAAGCAGCAACCGACAACCAAGCGUGUCAAGUCUGUCGUGCGCAAACCUGCUACUCGGGCCAAGCAGGCGCCGGUGGUGGUUCGUGUGCCGAUGGGAGCCCAACGCGAGCUCGAGCAGCAGCGAAAGUUCGCGCAGACCGCUACAGCGACAGUGCCUGCCAGCACUUCUCAGGAACCUGCUCCCGCUGAAGUGGCGCACCAACAGCCGAGCGUUAGCAACGAGGAUGAGUCGCAGCCUGCGAAGAAGACGGAACAGAAACGCGAGAUUGAUAGACGACGACAGGAGAAUGCACGACGGGCGGCGAUGCAGCAGCAGCAGCAACAACAGCAGGCUGAGGAGAAGAAGAGAGCGGAUGAGGAGGAACAGGCGCGUCGGAAGUUUGCUCUGGCUAAUAGAAAUAGUCGAGUACCUCAAACGCGGGCAGUUGCUAAUUUGGUGGUAAGUACUUUCUGCUGUUGAAAAGAAAAGUGAGUCUUAUUAAUUUUUAUAUUAAUAGCGCACCGAGAUUGAGGAAGCGACGAAGCCUAUGAAGCGGAAUUUCCAGAUCGAUGGAGAGCCUGGUCGGCUGAAGAACUCUCUUGUGCCGACUACUGCUUCGAUGCAAGACCAGAGCAA